AUGGCCAGCACACUCACGCAUAAUUCAUCUUUACCUGUAUCAGCAUUGGCAUGGGCGAAUGAGAGGGGAGGUAGUUCGUUACCGCGUCUAGCACUUGGAUCUUACGUGGAAGAUUACAGUAAUCAGUUGCAGGUGAUCGGUCUUAGCUCUUCGCUCCCUCUAAGUGAACCAGAUGUACCACCAACUGGUGUUGAUGGAGGUGAUUUCAAUAUACUAGCACAAGCACAUCAUGGAUAUCCACCAACAAAGGUUGCCUGGGAGCCAAUAUCCAAGCGUAGAAAUGAAUUAAUAGCCAGUACAUCAGAUGUUUUGAAGUUAUGGGAGUUUAAUGAAUUUAAUCAGAGUAAUCAGAGUAACUUUAAUGGCAAUAUCCAUAACCCAAUCAAUACCCAACCCUCUUCACUCAAUUUAAUAGCUCAAUUGACUCCGAAAACUCCAGGAACAGCAGCACCUUUAACUUCAUUCAGUUGGAAUCAUUCAACUCCUUCACGUAUAGUUACAUCAUCUAUUGAUACGACGUGUACUGUCUGGGAUCUUGAAACACGCACACCAAUCACCCAACUGAUAGCUCAUGAUAGAGAGGUUUAUGAUGUCUCAUGGUUACCUAGAUCCAGUGAUAUCUUCGUUAGUGUCGGUGCGGAUGGUUCCUUGAGAGCGUUUGAUUUGCGCAGUUUGGAACAUUCCACUAUCUUAUACGAGACUAGUGCGAUAGAUAAGAGAAGAGCACAACCAAAUACACAAUCCAACAUACCCAAUAAGAAUGAUAACUCACCUAUAACCAGCACCAGCACCACAAACGCACCCCUUCUACGUCUCUCAUUUAACCCAUACGACAGUAACUAUCUAGCCACUUUCCGCGCUGAUAGUGGGGAUGUACACGUGUUAGAUAUGCGCUCACCAGGUGCGCCAGUGACUAAUAUACGCGCUCAUACUCGCGGCGUUAGUGGUAUAGCAUGGAAACCAGAUGGAGGAGUGCUUGCAACGGGUGGAGAUGAUGGAGCGGUGCACCUGUGGGAUGUGAAGAGGGGUGAGAAAGUGGGUGAUAAGACGGGGUCAAAUGGGAUGAGCAGACAGAGUAGUUCAGUGAGCAACAAACCUUCACUGUUGAAAGACAGCGUACUCAGUUAUAGAGGUGCAUCACCGGUGCAUAGCUUGGCUUGGGGGAGUGUACCCAGUGUCGUAGGCAAAAGAAGUAGUUGGGAGGAUUGGAUAGCUGUUGGGGGACAAUCACAGGUGAGAUUAAUGAAGAUGUAG